CCGGUCACGUGACGUGGACCGCCAUGGAGGAAGAGCGGAGGCGCGCUUUGCGGCGCGGCCGGGUGCGGCUGGUGGAGGGACUGCGGCCCGAGGCGCUUUGGGGGCCGCUGCAGGCCCGAGGGGUUUUCACCAGCGCUAUGGUGGAGGAUAUGCAGAGUGCUGGCACCCGAAGGGAACAAGCACGACAGCUGGUCAUAGACCUGGAGACCCGUGGGAAGCAGGCCUUCCCAAUAUUCCUCUCCAUCCUGAGGGACACUGGGCAUGGUGACCUGGCUGACAUGCUGGAUGAAGGGUGUGGAAGCCCAGUCUCCCCACCUGUGGACCUGAGGCCUGUGCAGCUGGAGCUGCCUGGAGAAAGGCGUGACAAAAGUGUGAGCACUGCGGAACGGUUGUCCAUCCCAGUCCAAGCUGAGAGUCAGCAAUUUCAGAUGCCUCCAGCACCAGCCCAUGGUUCAGCUGUUGACAAGAGUGACCACAGACUGGUAUACCAGCUGCGAGCAGACCCUUGUGGGCACUGCCUGAUCUUCAACAAUGUCAAUUUCAGCAGAGACUCUGAUCUGUCAGCUCGGGCUGGCUCUGACAUAGACUGUGAGAAGCUGGAGAAGCGUUUCAAGUCCUUGUGCUUCCAUGUCCGGACCCUGAGGAACCUCAAAGCUCAGGAAAUUGAUCUGGAGCUGCGGAAGCUGGCACAGCUUGACCACAGCACCCUGGACUGCUGCCUCGUGGUCAUCCUCUCCCAUGGCUGCCAGACGAGCCAUAUUCAGUUUCCUGGAGGGAUUUAUGGAACAGAUGGCAAAACCAUUCCAAUUGAAAAGAUUGUGAACUAUUUCAAUGGGUCCCAGUGCCCAAGUUUGAGAGGAAAACCCAAACUCUUCUUCAUCCAGGCCUGUGGAGGAGAACAAAAGGACCAGGGAUUUGAGGUGGGUUGUGAAUCACCCCAAGAUGAAACUUGCCGAGGUUCCGUAGAGUCGGAUGCGAUUCCUUUCCAGGCUCCAGCAGGGAGUGUGGACGAGCCGGAUGCUGUUGCCAGUUUGCCCACUCCUGGUGACAUCUUGGUGUCCUAUUCAACUUUUCCAGGUUUUGUGUCCUGGAGGGACAAGGUGAGUGGCUCGUGGUAUGUGGAAACCCUGGACAGUGUGCUGGAACAUCAUGCCCGUUCUGAAGACCUGCUAACCAUGUUACUCCGGGUGUCAGACAUUGUAUCCACCAAGGGGAAGUACAAGCAGAUCCCAGGCUGUUUCAACUUUCUACGUAAAAAAUUCUUCUUCUUGUGCAAAUGAUGUGGGGUUGUCGAGGUCCCAGUCAACGUGAAGGACAGCUUCCCUGUGGCUGGAUAAAAACUGUCCCAGUUGUGACUUGAACCAGGUGCUCCUGGUGACUGCUGUCUGGCUUUGGAGGGGUCUCUCCUGAGAAAUGCAAUCUGUGAGCGCUGUCGUUGGGAUAAAGCAUCAACCAGAUGAGGACUGGCCCUGUCCCAACCUGCAGGGACAAGCUAUUGUAGGGAACAUGCUUUAGCAGGGGUGUAUGGCUUGAUGCUCUCCAGAGGUACCUUCCAACCCCUAUGAUUCUAUCCCAGUGAUAGGAAGGGGGAAGGGAUGUGUGUUGGAAUCCCCAGUGCCAGUGUGCCAGCCCAGUGAUCCCAUUGUGGAGUGAGGGCCUCCAGCUGUGCUGUGGCUGUGCUCUCCUUCCUGGUGCAACUGCAGUGGAUUGGAGGAGUCAAUGGAAUCAAUUGCUGGAAUCAAUGGAAAUACAUGAUUUUUGCAACAAGAGAUUUUUCUGUUUGAGUGAACCAAAAACCAAAAGGAAAAAAAAAAACAACCUUGUGCUUUGUAUUCUGUCUUCUGUUCUCUCUUGUGUCCUUCUUCAGUGUAUACAUAUCAUUAGCUCUAGGAAAGCUUAGUUGCACUGUCAUCAUGACCUUGAUGUACACAAUCCCCUGUACCAAGGGCUAUAGAUUGUACCCCAAAACCAUCUUUGGGCAAUCAAACCAGGAAGUUAGGGCAUGUUUUAAUGUUUAGUGGCUGUAGGUGUGUCACUGAGGGACACGGGGUGGAGGGGUUGGGGUUGGACUUGGUGAUCUUGGUGUAAAACUAAGAAGAACAUCCCAGAUUUUACAGUCUCUACAGUUAUUAUGCACUUUGGCUGCUAUCUGUUUCCCCUUGGAACGUGUUAUUUGUGAGUUAGUCAGUAAAUGAUG